GCGCCGAGUGCAGAGGGCCUGUGGUCCAGCGUGGUCCAGCGCUUUGCGCGGAAGGACGGGCCCGCGAGCGCGCCCGAGGCGGAGGCGCUCGCGCUCCGCCGCGUGCACUUCCGCAGCGAGGACCUCGCGCACACCUACCCGAUCUGCGGCGCGACAGCGCCGAGCGCCGAGGCGGCGACGCGCGAGCGCAUUGAGCACGAGGCCCACGAGCGUGCGCUGCGCCUCGAUGCGCGCGCGUGGACGCCCGCGGAGCUCCAGAGCCUGUACCGCGUCUGCUGCCGCGCGCGCGAGGAGGUGCCGUCGGUGCCCGUGCUGCGCGCGCUCGAGCAGGCGGCCGCGUGGGCCGGCGCGGCGCCACGCACGCUCGACCUGGCGGGCGUCGACCUGCGCGGCGCGAGCGUCCCGCUCGCCGACAUGCUCUGUGCGCCGCUCGGCGUGCACGUCCUGCACCUGGACCGGUGCCACUUGGACGACGCGGCGGUCACGGCCCUCGCGCGCGCCGUGUACUCGGCGCGCAGCAUACAUACCCUCACGCUCGCCGGCAACCCCGACGUGCACGUCGCGGGAUGGCGCAUGGUCGGCACGCUGCUGAGCGCGGCGCCGCACCUCGCGCACCUGGAUGUGUCGGAGCAUACCUUUUCGUCCGCGGCACUGCGUGCGCUGCUCGCCCCGUGGGACGCGCCCGCAUGCACGCUGCAGUCGCUCCGGCUCGAGGCGUGCGCGCUCGCGAGCGGCGCAUGGGACGUGCUCGCGCAGGCCGUGCGCGCCGGCGCCGUGCGCCACCUGUCGCUGCGGCGCCACACGCUCGGCAGCCACGCGCGCCAGGCGCUCGCGGGCCUCCUGCGCGACUACGAGGCGCCCGCGGCCGCGGCCAUCUCCGCGUGGGAGCAGACGUGCGAGGCGACCGCCGACGACCUGUACGUGCGCGCCGAGGAGAACGAGGUCGAGACGGCGCUGCUGCACGGCGCCGACGCUGUCGCGCAGGCCGCCGCGCGGCGCGAGCGCGUCGCGUCGCUCGUCGCGCGCGCGCGCGCCUUCCAGCAUGCGCUCUCCGAGCUCCCGCGCCUCGGCCACCUGCUCACGCUGGACCUCCGCGGGCACGCGCUCGGCGACGACGUGGACACGCUCGCGACGUCGCUGCGGCGCAACCGCUCGCUGCGCGUGCUCGCGCUGGGCGAGUGCGGGGUGGGCGCCGCGGGCCUCGCGCGCGUAGCGCACGCGCUGCAGUACAACACCACACUCGAGACGCUCGACGUCAGCGGCAACCCGUGCGGCGGCCCCGACCUGCAGGGCGUGCUGAGCCUGCGUGUCGCGCUCGGGCUGCAUCCGCGGCUGCGGCGCGUCCUGCUGCGGCGCACGCGCCUGGCCUCCGCGGGCGCCGUGGCGCUCGCCGAGUGUCUGCCCGACGCGUCGCUCGUGCACCUCGACCUCGCGCACAACCCGCUGGGCCUCGUCGGCCUCCUGGCACUGUGGACGGGGCUGCAGCGCAACGCGUCGCUGCGGUGCCUCGACGUGUCGGUCGACGCGGACGAGGAGUACGUGCGCGUAGCGCGCGAGAUCUACGAGUACUGCCGCGCCAAGAACGAGGCGGAGGCCGCGUCCGCGGCGCCGGCGCGCUUCCUCGCCAAGUCGCGGGGCCGCCGCGGCACAGUCGAGUGA